UGCCCAUCGCGGCCUGCCCCUGCCCGCUUGCCCGGGGCCACCGGAGGCCCUCGACGAAGCCCGGGGCGAGGAGGCGGGACAUCACCCUGCCCGCAAGGACAGCAGUGGGGACGGCCCCCGGUCCCACCGCCCGGGCGAUGGGGGACCCGCAGGCCGGGGGCCCCGGGCCCCCCAAGAAGCCGAGGGGCGGGGAGGACGAGGCCCAGAUGAUGGCGGCCUACGAGGGCACGGCCCGGGGCCACCGGGUGCCUCCAUUCGGCUGGCGCCUCUGCCUGGCCCACGAGUUCCCGGAGAAGCGGAAGCCCCUCCGGGCCAACGACAUCUCCCUGGGCAACCUGCUGAAGCACCUCGGCAUGGGCCUGAGGUAUCUUCGAUGGUGGUACCAGAAGACACAAGUGGAGAAGAAAGUUCCUUUUAUUGACAUGCUCAACUCCGUCCCCCUGCGACAGAUCUACGGUUGUCCCUUAGGGGGAAUUGGAGGAGGCACCAUCACCCGAGGCUGGAGAGGCCAGUUCUGUCGCUGGCAGCUGAAUCCCGGGAUGUACCAACACCGAACAGUCAUGGCUGACCAGUUCACGGUGUGCCUGCGGCGAGAGGGCCAGACCGUGUACCAGCAAGUCCUCUCUCUGGAGCGGCCCAACGUCCUGCAGGGUUGGAACUGGGGCUUCUGUGGCCACUUUGCCUUCUACCACGCUCUCUACCCCCGGGCCUGGACGGUCUACCAGCUUCCAGGCCAGGCUGUUGUGCUUACCUGUCGCCAGAUUGCGCCCAUCCUCCCUCAUGACUACCAGGACAGCAGUUUGCCAGUUGGGGUGUUCGUGUGGGAAGUGCAGAAUGAGGGGGACGAGGACGUGGAUGUUUCCAUUGUGUUUUCACUCCGCAAUGGGCUGGGAGGUCGGGACGACGCGGACGGGAACCUCUGGAAUGAGCCAUUCUGCCUGGAGCAGAGCGGGACAACUGUGAAAGGCGUCCUCCUGCAUCAUCCGAGCCCCCCCAACCCCUACAUCCUUGCCGUUGCUUCCCGGGAGAUGGUGGGCACCACGGUGACCCACAUCACAGCCUUUGAUCCCGAAGGCACUGGGCAGCAGCUGUGGCAGGAUCUGCUUCAGGAUGGGCAGCUGGACUCCCCACCCGGAUGCAGCGUCCCCACCCGGAAAGGUGAAGGCGUCGCAGCAGCUGUGUGCGCUGGGUGUCGGGUACCCGGCCGGGGGCAAGGUCGCCUGGAGUUCACCCUGGCCUGGGACAUGCCCAAAAUCGUGUUUGGAGCCAAGGGUCGCACUCACUACAGGAGAUACACUCGCUACUUUGGCCGAGGGGGGACCGCAGCCCCCAACCUGUGCCACCACGCGCUGACCCAGUAUGGGCGGUGGGAGGACGCCAUCGGGGCCUGGCAAAGCCCCAUCUUGGAGGACAGCAAACUGCCCCACUGGUACAAGUCGGCACUUUUUAACGAGCUCUACUUCCUGGCUGAUGGGGGUACCGUGUGGCUGGAGGUUCCACCCGAAACCCUGGAGGAGGAGUUGGGAGGGGGUGGGGAGAGCCUAAAGCAGCUGCGCCCCACCCUGCUGGAGUACGGCCGCUUCGCCUACCUUGAGGGCCAGGAGUACCACAUGUACAACACCUAUGACGUCCACUUCUAUGCCUCCUUUGCCCUCAUCAUGCUCUGGCCCAAGUUGGAGAUCAGUCUGCAGUACGACAUGGCCCUGGCAACUCUGAGCGAGGACCUGACGCGAAGGCGAUACCUGAUGACUGGAGUGGUGGCCCCCGUGAAGAGGAGAAAUGUGAUUCCCCAUGACGUCGGUGACCCCGACGACGAGCCGUGGGCCCGGGUCAACGCCUACCUGAUUCACGACACGGCGGACUGGAAGGACCUCAACUUGAAGUUUGUGCUGCAAGUCUAUCGGGACUAUCACCUGACAGGGGACCGCGUCUUCCUGGCUGACAUGUGGCCCAUCUGUCAGGCCGUAAUGGAAUCAGAGCUGAAGUUCGAUAAGGACCAGGACGGGCUUAUCGAGAACGGGGGCUACGCCGACCAGACCUAUGACGGCUGGGUCACCACGGGGCCCAGCGCGUACUGCGGAGGACUCUGGCUGGCAGCCGUAGCCGUGAUGAUCCGUAUGGCCGCCCUGCAGGGGGCCGGAGCCGUCGGGGAGAAAUUCUCGUCCAUCCUGAGUCGUGGACGCGAGGCCUUCGAGAGGCUCCUGUGGAACGGCCGGUACUAUAAUUACGACUGCAGCUCGGAGCCAUACUCCCACAGCAUCAUGUCCGACCAGUGUGCCGGCCAGUGGUUCCUGAGAGCCUGCGGGCUGGGGGAAGGGGAUACAGAGGUGUUCCCCGCUCUCCACGUGCACAACGCCCUGCAGACCAUCUUUGAGCAGAACGUGCUGGGCUUCGCCGGAGGGUCCAUGGGAGCCGUGAACGGGAUGCGGCCAGAUGGCAUCCCCGACACUUCCAGCGUCCAGUCUGAUGAGGUCUGGGUGGGCGUCGUCUACGGGCUGGCAGCCACCAUGAUCCAGGAGGGCCUGGUCCAGGAAGGCUUCCGGACGGCAGAGGGCUGCUAUCGCACGGUGUGGGAGAGGCUGGGCCUGGCCUUCCAGACCCCCGAGGCCUAUUGUCGGACCCGUGUUUUCCGUUCUCUCGCCUACAUGCGACCCCUCAGCAUCUGGGCGAUGCAGCUUGCCCUAGAGCGGAGUCAAGGCCGGGGCCCGACGCUCGCUGUCAGACGGGACCCUGUACCGUCAACGGACCAGGAAGCGUGACUGGGGCCAGAGCCCGGGGGUUCAACUCACCUCGACUCCCGGGUCCUUUAGCUGGGACUCGGGGGGGCUGGCGCCGAAAGCAUGCUACGAUCCCCCUCCUGCAACCCUGAGCCACGGCAAGAACAAUCUCUGAACUCACAGUCCUUCACCACCCCCGCCACCGAGAAUCCUCAGGUUCCCGCUCAAAGAAGAGUCUUCUGGGGUGGGGAAAGUCAGUGCAAAGCACCUUCUGGGAUAGAAUGAUAUCUCCAAACCCCUGUACUGGCCUGGCUGAGGUCAGGGACAAGGCGAGGCUGAUAACAGGGCUCCCUUCCUCCUCCCCUUGGGGCGGGGAAGGAAGUGGGAGCCCCGUCCUGAGGGCUCGAGCCUUACCUCCACCACCCUCCCCGCCCCAGCAAGUUUGGUGUUGGAACUGCCGUUUUCAGCCAUUCACGGGAAACCGUGCUAAGAUAUUAAGAGGCCACAGCUGGGCCUGUCCAGAAUAAACAAGAUGCCUCGUCCACCACAAGAGCCUACGGUCCGGUUUAAA